CUUCUCUCCAUACGAUGAUCUUUUUCAGCAGUAUCUUUGCUUUGCUUUUGAAACUGUGCUUUGGAUUUUGAACCGUCAUAUUGUAUUAUCCAGAGUUUUGAAUAAUCAUGGAAAAAACAUUGAACGUGUCGCAUUCAGGGAGCAGUAAAGGAAAGUGGUCAUUGGAUCUGGGGAAUCCCGCACACAGACAGGCAAGAAGCGGCUCGUAUAGUCCGGGAACAGGGGCUGUUUCGGACACUCACCCGUCUCAGACCCAAAAACGACACUUGGAAGGGGUUUUAAACAAAUACACCAAUUUACUGCAAGGCUGGCAACACAGGUACUUUGUGUUGGACCCUGAGCUCGGCCAGCUUCAGUAUUUCAUCAACGAGUACAGUAAGAACCAGAAGCCACGAGGGUCCCUGCCCCUCAUCGGCUCCUCGGUGGCCCCAAGCGACGAGAUUCCCUAUAUGUUCACAGUCUGUGCUGCAAAUGGAGAUUUCUUCAAACUACGGGCCUGUGAUGCACACGAGCAGCAGAUGUGGAUGACCCAGCUUCAGCUGUGUGCCCGUCGCCACUCAGACGGCAGUGCCAAGGGCUGCACCUCAUCUUCCUCCUCCUCCUGCAACACAUCCUCUUCCUCAUCUGUCGGCCGGACCCGCAGCUUCUCCCUCCACCCACACCCUGUCCCGCAGUGCUCCUCCAUCUCCACCCAAAGACAGACCCCCCAGCACGGGACUCCUGCCUCUGUCAUCACCAUCACCCACCACAAGUCCCCCACCACCAGCCAACGGGCCUGCAGUCAGCAUCCUGCAGGACUGCACCAGGUCAAAGAGUUCAUGUCCCAGGCAGAGGGCCAGCAGAAGAACCUGGUGAAUUCUAUCGAGUCGCUGCCGAGCCGCGGGCCGCUGUCCUCCCUCGACCAGGACCUGCUCCUCCUCAAAGCCACGUCUGCAGCCACACUCAGCUGUCUGGGAGAAUGCCUGAGUAUCCUUCAGCACAACGUGUGCCAGGCAGCCCAACACAUCACCCACAGCCACAUGCAGGGAUCAGAUACAGGCGAGAAUAGUAAUUGGUCAAGGUCCAAGACUGCCUCAGAAGACCAUGAGAAGAAUGGAGAAUUGACACGUAACACCUCAACUGUACAACAGCACCACUCUCCACUUCACAGGAACAAAGAACGGCUCAAAGACACAGAGAGCUCCAGCUCAGAAUCGGUGGACUCCAGCGAGGAGAUCACAGACACAGAAGAUAAUGAGGAGGAAGACCUCGGAGUCUUAGAUGACCAGAGGAGCAUCAUCCUCCAUCUGCUGUCUCAACUCAAACUGGGCAUGGACCUCACACGGGUGGUGCUGCCCACGUUCAUCCUAGAGAAACGCUCCCUUUUGGAGAUGUAUGCCAAUUUCAUGGCCCAUCCGGAUGUGUUUUUGGCCAUCACAUCUGGAGUGACGGCAGAGGAACGUAUGAUUCGGUUUGUGGAAUACUACUUGACCGCUUUCCACGAGGGGCGUAAAGGAGCGGUGGCCAAGAAGCCUUACAACCCCAUUCUGGGGGAGAGCUUCCACUGCACAUGGGACGUACAGCGAGAUAAAGUGCGGCCCCUCAGGACUACCAGCUCAAGUCCAAGCCCUGCGGCUGCUCAUUCCACCCAGAUCACCUCCAGUGAGGGGUUAGGGUCUUACCGGCUACGGUUUGUGGCUGAGCAGGUGUCCCAUCACCCCCCAGUCUCUGGAUUCUACUGCGAGUGCAAAGAGCAGCAGAUAUGCGUCAACACUCAUGUUUGGACUAAAAGCAAAUUCAUGGGCAUGUCCAUAGGAGUGUCAAUGGUUGGAGAAGGUAUUUUACAUCUCUUGGAGCAUGAUGAGGAGUAUGUGUUCACACUGCCAUCUGCCUACGCCCGCUCCAUCCUCACAGUGCCCUGGGUGGAGCUGGGUGGGAAAGUCUCCAUCUCCUGCGCCAAAAGCGGAUACUCUGCCACCGUCACAUUCCACACCAAACCCUUCUAUGGAGGAAAGGUUCACAGAGUCACGGCUGAGGUAAAACACAACUCCACCGGCACCAUCGUCUUCAAAGCUCAGGGGGAGUGGAACGGGACGCUGGAGUUCACCUACAGCAGCGGAGAGACCAAAGUGAUUGACACGUCCAAACUGCCAGUCAUUAAGAAAAAGAUCCGGCCACUGGAGAAACAGGGCCAGUAUGAAUCAAGGCGGCUGUGGCAGCACGUGACGGCAACGCUGAAGGCCGGCGAUAUCGAUGCGGCUACUGAACACAAACACCAGCUGGAGGAGAAACAGAGGAGAGAAGGGAAGCAGAGAACGGCCAGCAACACCACCUGGAAACCCAAGUACUUCAUUAAAGAGGGGGACGGAUGGGUGUACCACAAUCCUCUGUGGAAGACAAAGUGAAGACACGCUGGAGCCACAUGAUUUGGGUCCGUCACAGACCUCUAGCCCCGCGGAUGGGAGUGUCCGACCAAUGGGACUCGAGCAGCAGGGAAAGACAUUGAUCAGUUUUUCCAACUCUUCUUAUGGAGAAUGGAAGGUGCCAAAAACAAAAAAACGAACUUGAGGGUGGUAGAAAUACCUUAAAAGACCCUCUGGAUGAUAAAGAUUGGACAUGGAGGCCUGAAUUGUGUGACCUUGUGCAAUAUCUUUAUAUUUGUAUAUUACAUCUGGUAAUCAAUAAUACUGAGUAAAGUGAUUUUUCACACAGGAGAGAUGUAGCAUCUGUAUCAGAGUAUAACUGGUAUUUUAGAACAACAAAGGCAGAUAUUGAUGCAAGUGGCAUUGAGUAUGUAUUCAUUUCCAAUAGAGCUCACCGCUCAUGUUCUUAUUUCAUUUGAAUGACUGAAUCAAUCUUACCAUAUGAGGACAGUAUUGUGCUUCAGUUGAGCUUCCUGAAGUAAGAAUAAAAUUGAUAUUUAAUA